CAACGAUCACACUCGUUUGUGUAUUGCGAAGACGGGCGGACGUACGUCGGCGUCGAAAGCGGAAAAAGCGCUAAAGCGAAAUAGCGAAAAGCGAAGCACAGUGCGAAUACCAUAAACAACAAAAAGUCGAAAGAGAGAGAGAGCUAACAACUCGUUUUUUUUUCAAUCGUCGCGACAACAAGAGGAAUAUAAUUAACCAAAAACAAGCGAGAGAGAAAAGCAGCAACUAAAUUUAACAACAAAUGCAUAAAAUAGUUUUGUUUUUUUGCCCCACUGCAAAAAUGCAGUCAGCGUUUGUUUGUCUCCUGAAUACAAACCAACUGUGAAAACCGAUAAGCCGGGAAAAGCGGAAAAGCAGAAGAAAAUCGACGAAUAAGAAGAAGAGAUACCAAGCAAAAGAGAGCGAUGGCCAGCGAGGAUGUGCAAAUCACCAGCGUCAUCGAUGCCAAUGGCCAGAGUUUACCGCUCCACGGCAACAGUUUGGGCGGUCCACUGGGGCCGCCGGUCAAGCAGGAGCGUCCCGACGACGCCGAGAUCCGCGAGCUGGCCGCCAAGAUGAAGGAGCAACAGAAGCAACAGGCCGCCCAGCAGGCAUCCCGCCAAGCGGCCAUGCAGCACUCGAACGGGGGCACUGCCUCCUCCGGCUCCUCCUCCUCCGCCGGUGGUGGUGGCAACAUGCAGCCACCGAUCACCAAUGGCAAUGGCCAGACGAACAUCAUGAGCUACCUGUCCCGCCACCAGAAGCUACCCAAUGGCACCAUGCAGGUGGUGCCCGCCUUGUCAUCCAAUGGUCAGCAACGCGCCAACGGCAAUGACUCCUCCUCCGCCGCGGACAAGAAGUCCUCGGGUCCCUGCGACGAGGAGUCCAUCAUGGGCCACUUUGGCUGGGCCCAGUUCGGCAAGGUCUCGAUCCCCUACAUCUUCCGCCAGUCGGAGAAGUACUGCUCCGUGCGGAUGAUCGAACUGAAGCUGCUGGGCAAAUAUCUCAACUGCCUGCAUCCGGACAUCUACUCGAGUUGCACCUGCGUGCGCAGCUACUAUAUCACCGAUGCCGAGGCUCGGCUCUUCAUCGAGAUCAAUCACAAGCACUGCGACGGCGAGUUCGGACGCGAUAUCUUCAAUCAAAAGGAUCUGGUUGUGCGCCUGAGCGAUGCCUCCAAGUUCUAUCAGUUCUUGGACAUUUGCUAUCGCAAACUGGUGUCGGGCAGCAAGACGCCAUCGGAGAAAUGCGGCUUUAUACGCAUCAACAAGGAGUCCGUGGUGCCCUACACUGUGCGCAACAAUCAGCAGGUUGUGCCGCUCUUCUACUUCGAGGGCGAGACGGAGAAUCUGAAGACCAAGGCGGAGCUGCUCAACGGCUGGGAUCUGGCCUACCUGAAGUUCUGCUGCAAGGUCCAGGGCAUUCGCAACGAGCUCUUCUCCAGCGAAAAUGUCGCUGUCAUUUCGCUGACCGACAUCAAGAGCUACUUCCCCAAUGGCACCGAGUUCGAGGACUACUGGCCCAGCAAGGUGGUCGACUCGAAUCUCCUGAUCGGCAAUCGUGCCAAUGUCAAUAACUCGGUCAACUGGACCCGCCAGCCGUCGGCGCCGCCGCCAAAGGUCACGAAUACCGGCUCCGGAUCUUCGAGUGGCGGAUCCAACUCCUCCUCCUCGGGCGGCAACAUGGGCCAGAACUCAUCUUCGUCCUCAUCUUCUGCCUCGAAUUCAGCGGGCGGCGGCGGUGGCCAACAGGUGACCUCAAAGUCGCAACAGCAGCAGCAACAUGCCUCCGCUGCUGCGGCAGCUGCCACGGCGGCGCAGCAGCAACACCUGAUGAAGCAACGCGCCGCCGCAGCAGCAGCCGCUGCCGGCGCCAAUGGGGUGGCCAAUGCGGCCAAUAGUUUUGGAGCAGCCGCCGUGGCUGCCUUCAAUUCCCAGGCGGCGGCGGCCGCCUCGAUGCUGCAGCAAUCGCAGGCGGGCAACAACCGGAUGCUGUCGCAGGCCACCGUCCAGGCCUUGGCCAGCAGCGGCUGGAUGUCCGGGCAGAGCAACCUGCAGCUCCACGCCCAGAUGAUGGCCCAGCAAACGCAUGCGAAUGCAAAUCGCGUGGGAAGCUACCGGGAGCACAUGAACAACCUGAUGAUGAGCGGCAGCAGUCGGCAGCCGUAUUCCUACAACAAUCCCGCGAUCUCCAUGUCCUCGGUGAACAACCACAGCGGGGGUGGCGGGAAUGCCCCACCUCCCCUCGUUCGCUCGGCGGCGGGCCAGAAUGCCAACCACAUGUCAAAUGUCGAGCAGUCACUGGUGCAACAACAACAGCAACAGACACAACAACAACCGCAACAACAACGACACCAGAACAGCACAUUUAACAACAACAACAACCAGAACAACAACCAUGCAACACAGCAACAACAACAACACUCUUCACCAAACAACCAGAACAAUAAUAGCCACCACCAUCAGCAACAAUUAGCCAAAAGUCUCAGCAGCAACAGGAGCAACAUGCAACACAGCAACAUGAGCAACAGGAGCAGCAGCAAUAGCAGCAACAACAACUCCAAUUCAGCGGCUGCUGUGGCCGCUGCAGCUGCUGGAUAUGUUCAAGCGCUUUUGGGAGGCGGUACAGGAGGAGGCGGAGGCGGAGGAGCAGGGGGCGUGGCUACCGGCGCUGGCGCUGGCAACAACAACAGCAAUGCCUUCAACUACAACCUGCCCUCCACGCGAGCCGAUUACACCAAUCUCGCUCUGUGGAAUCAACUGACACCCGCCCAACGUUUGCUCUUCAGUCAGCAACUCAAGGGAGUCACAACAUCGCCGGUUUCUAAUCCCAGCUCCUCCAGUCAUCAUCAUCCCACCAGCGUCGUCGGCAAGCAGAACUUUCCAGCCCUGCCCUCGCUGCCCCUCGAUACGGAUUUGAUCACCAUGCUGGACUAUAAUAAUCCCAAUAAGGCGAAUAAAAGUCAGAAGAGCGGAAAUGUGACCUUUACCAAGCCCAUAGUGCCGCCACUGAUACCAGAUGGUUCGGGAGCGGAAAUAACGCUUACGAAGAGUCGGAGAAAUGGAGGUUCCGAUGGAGGAGCUGUUGCACCCACUAGUGGCACCACCAUACCCCUAAAUUCCACGCAGGCUCUCGAAGACUUUGAAAAGAAGUUCACCGUGAUGACGGAUGAAAUGCGAGCGGUUAUACAAAAGGUUCUGGCCAAUCCGGAUCUAUCGACUUUCAUACAAACGAAUUCCGGCAGCAAUAAUAAUAGUAAUAAUAAUCACCUGGUGCCUUCCUACAUAUCGCCACCCAUGUCGCCAUCGGUGGUGGGCAUGAACAUGGGCAUGGCCAUGGGAAAUGUGGCGGCCACUCUGACAUUGGCCUCCAAUCCCAAUGUGACGAUAACACCGCAGUUGCCGGGACAUUUUCUGCAUUCACCAUCGAGUUCGUGUUCCAGUUCGAGUGCCUCGAAUACGGCGGCUUCGCCAUUGGGCAGUGGCGGCGGAGGUGGAAGUGGAUCAAAUGGAGGGGGGGCCACUUCAGGGGGCGUAUCAUCUUCGUCGGGUCGGCAAAAGAGCGUGAUUUGCUCGACCAAAAGCAAUAACCUGCCCAUGGCCAUACUUUCGCUAGCUAGCAAUAAUAAUUCACUGGGGGUUAGCUCAAAUUCAAAUGCAGGCGGACGAAGGACAAAUAGUAGCAAUAAUAAUAACAGUAGUUACGGUCGUCAGACACACAGCCAAAAUAGUAGUACACAAAAUAGUAGCACACAUAGUAGCACCACAGCCACACCCACUGACGUAAUCGAUCUGUCCUCCUCCCGAAGGUCACUAGCUGCAUCCGCAGCCUAUUUGCAGCAGCACUCGUCGGCGGUGGCGCAGCAGCAGCAACAGGCGGCAGCGGCCCAGGUGGUGGCCCAGCAUCAGCGUCUGGCCGCCGCCGCAGCCCAUCAUGCCCAGCAUGCCCAGCAGAAUGGUCGUGGCGGUGGUGGCAGUUCCUCCGGUAACUCUGGCAACUCUGGCGGGAGUAACGCGAAUUCUUCAGGCAGCAACGCGAAUUCUUCAGGCAGCAACAAUGGAACGAGCGGAACGGGCGGUGGAUCGACGGGAAAUAACGGUAGUUCCAACUCGAACAGCGCCUCCAUGCACCUGCAACGCCAUGCGGCACUCGUGGCGGCGGCCACGGCGGCGGACAGUGCCCAGCGGUUGUGCGUCAUACCCGAAAUACCCACCAACAACAUGAACCUCACGCCGUACAAGGUGCAGAAGGUGUGCGUCGACAAGCAUCUGGUGCCCUGCAUCAACAUGAAGGCCUACAACGACUCCGAGCAGCUGAUGACCCUCAUCGAGUUCCAGAAGAACUUCUUCCCCUCGGUGCCGCUGGACCACUGCAAGCGGCUCAUCGAGGCCCUCGGUGUGGAGCUCUACAAGGCGAAUCGGCGACAGGUGCAAAUCCUGAUGGAGUACGACCGCAGCUACAACGAGAACAUGCCGCUGGUGCAGGUGCGCGACAUAAUCAAGUACAUGACGCAGCUGACCUUCAUGACGCGCCAGCCGGAGCAGCCGCCGGCGAAGAGGACGCGCACGAGCUAGGAAUUAAGCUGGGGAGCACAACAUUUGCCACCAACAACAAGCACA